AUGCUCUUGGACCCAGACCUACUGCUGGAUAAGCAGGAACAACGGUGGCCAGAAGUAUCUUUUACUAGCUUUGACAGAAAUUUGUCAGAAUGCAGUGGCAUGGUUGCAGGAGACAUUAGAGGAGCCUGGAAAACUGCCCCGAGUAUUCUCACCAAGACUCUAAGGCUACUGUUAGGUAUCUGGAUUUUGGCAUUUUUUUCAGUCAGAACAACAGAAACUCAAGAGAAGAAUCAUUUCCCAUGUUGCACACCAGGCCCUCAAGGUCCUCCUGGACACAAUGGAAACCCUGGUCAUAAUGGAUACAAUGGGGAGAAGGGAGAGAAGGGAGAACCUGGUGAACGAGGUGCAUCAGGAGAUCCUGGUAGGCCAGGUCUUCCAGGAAAACCUGGCUCAAUAGGUCCAAAAGGCGAUAGAGGAGAACGAGGCAUCCCUGGGCAUCCCGGAGUAUUUCUACCACAACCAAAAUCUGCCUUUGCUGCAAAGCUGGGCAAAAAUUAUCCAGAACCUGGCAAGCCCAUUGCGUUUCACAAUAUCACCUACAAUGAACAGCAACAUUUUGAUGAGACAUCAGGAGUCUACACCUGCCAAAUCCCUGGAAUCUAUUUCUUUGGCUACAACAUGGAAGCAUUUCGAAAUUCACAUAUUAUGCUGUUUAAAAAGGGCACAGUCGUGACGGAAUCAUGUCAAACUAGUACAGAUGCUUAUGAGAGCCUGUCAGGAAGUACAAUUCUUACACUGGAGAAAGGAGACCAAGUGUGGUUAGAAGUAAAACAAGAUUUUAAUGGUGUAACACAUUCAAGUUACUUUAUAGGCUAUCUCAUAUUUGCAUCUUAG